AUGGACCUCGACACAGAUGUGGAGAGAAUGUUCUUUCCCCAUAAAGAGCCUGAGGCACACAACGAAGUUGAGGAUGAAAUCUUGCUUCAGCUCGCAGACGAGCUGGGCGAGUUAUUCAAUGUGUGUGACUUGGUUUGUGUGGUGGCCAGUGACCCCGAGUCGUUGAACCAAAUGCAGACUUGGUUCGAGGAGGUCGCUGAGCUACAACGUACGAGUGAUAGUGUGAGGAGGUCAAAUAUGAAAAAACAGAUCUCGGAAUAUGUUAAUACGUGCCUGACUUGUGCGACAACUAAGCGAAUCCCUCCUCAGGAAGCCGCCCCUUUGCGACCAAACGAGCCAGACCGUCCCUGGCAGAUGGUGUCGGUUGAUGUACUUGGCCCUUAUAAACAUACCGAAAAGGGGAACAGAUAUAUAAUGAUGGCUACUGAUUGUUUCAGCAAGUGGGUGGAAGUCCGCACGGCGGAGUCCGUCCAGUCUGCUACAGUGGUAGAGUUUCUUACGCAAGAAGUAUGCUAUCGUUGGGGAUUUCCGGAGGUGGUUAUAACAGACAGUGCUGCGAUGUUCCUAGGCAGAAACUGGGAGCAAUUUUGCCAAAAGAACGAAAUUAUCAUACGAACUAGCCCGGGAUACCACCAGCAGGCAAACCCUGUGGAAAGGCGAGUUCAAGAGUUGAAAAAGAUGUUGCGAGCUGCCUUGAUAGGCAGAGACGAGUCGCACUGGGAGCGAUGCCUCCCAGAAAUCAUCUUCAACUUGCGAACCCGAACCAAUUCUGCGUCUAACGUCACCCCUUGCCAACUCUUGCUGGGUUACGAAUUACCGCGGCCUGGCGAUUCGGACACUUCUCUACAAAGGAGGCGAAGGUCUCUAAACGAGAACCGUGCCCAACGCACAGAGGAAGCCCAGCAGAGUUCUCGCGCAUAUCGCAGCAAGCGAUUUCCUGACAGGGAUAAGGUACCAACUGUUACGUUCGCACCAGACCAGUGGGUGUUGUGCAGAAAUCGCGAUCGAAAAGCCCGCAAGAAUUUUGGCCCGACUUGGACCACUCCUUGUCAAGUCCGGAGGCAACUCGGUCCCAGCACCUACGUAGUAAAUAAAGGUGGUGUAGAUCGGGUCAUCCACGGGGAUGAUCUGAGACUUGCCCCAUCACCACGUGAAGGUCAAGAGCACCUUGACCCGCGUUCUGUAAAUAUAAAAGAAUUAGCUUAG